AUGCAGGGACGGCCCAAGGCGGGCGGUGUGGGGCGGUGUUGGCAUCUGCAAGGGGGGACCCGCAGAGCGGGCCCCGACCCUUUUGGAACCAAGGGGCGCCGGCUCCGGCCCUCGGGGCUUUAUUGUGCGGCGCCCCGAACCCCGCGGCUGCGGGACAACAGAGAGGGGGAAAGGGGACAGAGGGACAAGAGAGAGGCCAAAGGGCAGCAAGAGCGGAGCCCGCAGAGCCCCAUCCCGGUGUCACUCUCCGUGUCCCGGUGUCACCCUCCGUAUCCCGGCGCCGCGGGCGGGGAGCGGGAACCGCCGGCCCCGCGGUCCCGUCCCGCUCUGUCGGGCCCGGGGUCGCCGAACGGGCGCGGCGGCUCCGCGCAGGCACCGCAGAAAGGCUGGAAAGGCCCGGCCGGGGCCGCCCCCGCACCGUGUGCCCGGGCCCGCCGUGCCCGCAGCGGGGUCCCCGAGCACCGUCCGGGACCCGCCCAGGCCCGGGAACGGACACCGCGGCUCCCGCACCGCCUCCUGUCCCGGCACCUCCCCGCCCUCCCGGGAACGGCCCUGGGGCCUCCGGCACCCGAGACCGCGGCGGGGGCUGGGCCCGAACCCCCAGAGGGCGGCCCCACGGGCCCCGCGACGCCGCGCUCCCGGCUCGGCACCCACCGCCCAUCGGCACCGGGGAGAGGCCCCACGAGUGUCCCGGCUCUGGGAAGAGCCUCGGCCGGAGCUCGGGCUCCGCUGCGGAGCCCCACGAGGGAGCGCCUGAGCGCUGCUCUCAGCCCCGAAGCCGCCCCCGUGAGGCCGGGACCGAGCCCGGACGGCGCCGGGCCGGGGCUCCGUGCUCCGAGCACUCGCACGCAGGAUUUGGGCUCUGUCCCUGGGCCCCGAAAUGCAGGACUCGGCCUCUGUGCUCAAGGCCUGGGCGAGCCUCGUUCUGCGCUCCCAAAACACCGGGCUCAAGUCCCCGUGUCACAGCCCUGA